UUGAGCACUGAUUUCGUUGUUGCGUGAAAAAGGUCAACAAGGUGUCUUUUCUAACUCGAGUGGAAAAUACACAACUUAUUUUCCCYGACUGAAUCACAACGGGGACUCUACUGUAUCUUUACGGCCCUAUUUAUAAAGUAUCUUUAUCUCAAGCGCGAAAAAAUUACCCGGGAACAUGAAAAGAUGACGACGACUGAAGGAACCUCGUCAAAAAUGGCGCGCGAACGAUGGAAAAUACUCGCUAAUGUUCUGACUAAGAAGAACGACAACAAUGUCUCCUUGUUGAGUUCUGUUUCCGUGAGGCGUUUUGAAGGGUUUGGGCUGUUCAAAUCUGUUGAAUGUAAAAGCUCUACUAUUGUUCCUGCGGAAUUCCAAUCGUUUGAAUAUUUUAGUACUGUUGAGCGAGUCCCAAGUACUCGUGUCCAAAUCACAGUCAGAAAGAAGAAUGUUGGGCUGCAGAUUAAUGAAUUAUCAGGCUUUGAUAACACAGGAAAUAUCUGUAUUUGGCCAUCUCAAGAAGUAUUAGCAUACUAUUUAUUAAAACACAGGAGUAGAUAUGAGGGGAAAUGUGUUUGUGAACUUGGAGCAGGCAUGAGUGCUCUAGCUGGUAUUAUGCUUGCCGCAAACAGUGCGGCAACAGAGGUGUGUUUGACAGAUGGGAAUCAACAAUCUGUGUCUAACAUCAAAAGAAUCAUUGCCAACAACAGUUCUGCCUUUGGAGACACAAAAGUCCAUACAAGAACAAUGGUGUGGGGUGAGAAUGCAAUAGUCCCAGAAAUGAAGAACAAAUUUGAUCUGAUUGUGGCCUCGGAUUGCUUGUUUUAUGUUGAAAGUCACAAAGRCCUUCUACACACAAUAGAUGUCCUCCUAUCUCCAAAGGGUCGAACCAUUUUAAUGUCGCCUCAUCGUGCUGGCACGCUACAGAAGUUUUGCAGCACAGCCUCAUUAUUUUUUGAAGUACAGAUCAUCAUGGAUUAUGAUGAAUUGAUCUCAGCUAAACUAAAAGAGGCACGAUCCCUUGGUAAGGAUAUAUUUGACGAAGACCUUCACUACCCUGUGAUGGUGUUAUUACAAAGAAAACAGCGCAAUGGACUCUACAACCUGAGCUUAGAAUGUGAUCAAGCUGUUUAACCCUGUAAUUGAUACAACCAUAAAUUGUAGCCACAGGUUUUUGAGGCUUGUAUAUGCCAGUACAUAGUUUAAGAAAUUAUCCAUUUUGUACUCCAACCUCCCUGUCCUUGAAAAUUCCACURCUUGGGAUAUUUUUCCGAACUACAGUAGAGUGCACGCACUAAAACCGUGAACAUUAAAUAGUACUAAUUAGUACUAUUUCAUACAGAAUCCUUUGUUUUCUAUUGUUUAUCACUAUUUAGUGCUAAAAAUUAGUAUUUGUUUCACGGAUUUAGUGUGAGCACUCUACUGUAAUAUACUGGUUUUACAAGCAGGUAAACUUAAUAGAAAAUGUAUGCAUUUGUAAUUGCUCUGUACCUACAACGCUGUUCAUAAUAACCAGGUGACGGUAUUAUCACUCCCUGCCACUUGCAAUAUUUUUCAAACUACAAAGUAUGAGUAGAUACCGAUGUGAAUUGGAAGUAUUUUAAUAGCAAAACCUAAGCUUAAAAAACACACACAUUAUUUACACAAAAAAACAAAUAUAAUUACUGCUUUAUUUUAAAAUAUUAAGCAGUUAGCCAUUUUCAAAGAAAUGUAUAUUAAUAUUAUAUAAUAUAUUAAUAAUGCUUAAUACUAUUUAAUUGUAUCAAUAACUAUAUCAAACUCCUUGGUUUUUAUUUAAAUAUGAUAAUAACCUAUAUUGACAUUUGUUGGGAUUUGAUAAAGUACUCAGUAAAAGAUAAAAACGUCAUUGUGUUUGAUAUAAAUUAUGUACAGUAUAUUGUCUGGUUCCAGGGUUUUAAAUCUAAACGGCCAGACAUCAGACCAUGUCCACCCAGUUUUUGGAACUUGUUCACUCAAAUCUUUGCCUUGCYGGUAAUUUUGACCAGUAAUGUUCUAAUUUGUCUGUCAUAAUGACUGGCAAGUUACUGGUCGUUAUUUUAAGCCCUGAGUUCAUGUAAAAGUUUUAAGUAAUAUCCUUAAGAGUAUUUAUUCAAUACCAGUGGUCUAGUAUGGUGGAACCCAGUUAAUAGGGCCACCAAAAGGAUAGGCCAAAGUGGCAGUAUUAGAUGGGUGUUCAUAUUAUGUGAGUAAAUUUGUAUAUGUAAUAGGACUCCAUGCUGUCCAAUUAAGAAAUAAUUGGACGAGGAAAAUUCCAAGGACUGACAAAAUUGGAUGAGGCCAAUUUGGCAGUCAGAGGAAUUUUUUGAGUCUAAUUAU